AUGGGACACAAGACAAUUGCAAGCAGCCGUAUGACCAGGCUUGAUGCAACACAAGUACACGAUGGUGUCGCAUCAUCGAGGCCAUCUGCUGUCGCAUCAGCAAGGGUCGAUGAGGCCUCCAGAGACCUUGCAUAUCAAUUCCUUCACAUGAACCGCUCAUCCCGCCGCGCAUCCAUCGUCAACCACAACACCGACGUUUCCGAAAUGCCUUCACCUUGUGCAGUCUCUUUUGAGCGUCCGCUUUCUUGGACCUUCGAUACUCCGCUGCAAUCUGGAGACCGGCGCCACUCGUCGUUUGAAUCGGAAAACAUGCCUAGCCUGGCAUAUCGUGUCAAACCACAACAACCACAGCCACAUAACCCGAGGAAACACCAGAGGGGAAGCCCGUCAGUUGACAGCUUGGAAGAGCGGCCGGGUUCGACAGAGGAGAGACACUGCAAGAGGAUCUCGGGUGAUUCCGGCUAUGGGUCGGAUACGCGGCGACGAAGUCGUGACGGGAGCGGAGACUCUUCUGAGUAUCAGGACGUGAGGACCAGAGACGUCAAGAUCUAUCAGCGACCGGGGUCCAACAUCCUCAUACGCCGAUGCCCAUCACCUCAGUCGGACAGCGACGGGACCUUGGGUGUGCCGCGACGACGCAAGAGGCAUCUACGUAGACAUAGCGCCGUUGUCGUUACUCAUUCACCUAAUGAUCCAACUCCUGCACCGAAAGAGAUUAGACUUCCAACGCAGAAGACGAAAAUAUGCGAGGCACUAUCGAAGCAAGGCGAAAGAGUGGCGAUCAGCAGGGAAAGCCUGGACGCAGAGACGCAUAUAUAUGGCAGUGAUCUCUCCGUUUCCGUCAAAGGCCUGCGACGAAUGAAGGGAACCACGGCUCUGCGCGACCCAGUUGGUAGCCCACGACCCCCAACAUCGAGUAUCAGGGUCAUGAGAGCGCCUAGGGCCAUGAGGGCACCCAGCAUGACUUCAACGGACAUUCCGCCUGUCCCCGAGGAUAAUGCUCCAAAACAACAGCCUUCGCUCAUCGGAUCACCAUCCAUCCGGAGAAGUUCUACGUUUGGAGAUGACCUCACUCGGAGGGCUAUGAAUCGCUUAUCCCUUUUCGAGGACGCAGAUGGCCACCCCGUCUCCUUUACAGACCCACGCGCCGCUAGGCCGAGCCUACAUCUCGACACCUCAAUUGAAGCUCGCGCACAGCUUGAACGGCCCCUUCAGUCCACCUCACUUAAAUUGGCGCGACCUGUCUCCGGACCGCCCAACCUCCCUCUCAACUGGCACGCAAACCUGACACCUCGGCCAUCCUUCCUUGCCGUCGAGGAGCAGUCCGACUCUGCCAACGACAGUGGAGAUGAAUCAUCCAUCGAGUCGAGCGUCUUCUCGGUCCCGGACUCCCCCGUGGAGCCGUGUCAACUGAAUCGGGAUGAUCCAUUAGCAUCGCACAUGGACGUCAUUGUCGGCAACAUCUUUCAACGCUACCAAGAAUGGAACGUCCGCGAAAGGGGUGGACAAGGCCGACGAGCCUCGGGCCAACGCGUCAACACCAACACGCCCGACUCCGGUCGUUCGUCGAGGAAACGCUCGCACUCCGACGACCUACCCGACCAAGACGCCUCAGAUGGCGGGGACUCGAACGUGAUACCGGGAUUCAAGAAGCCAAAAGUCCCAUCGAACCCAUCGAAGUUGAUGUUUGCGUGCCCCUUUUGGAAGAAUGACCCCGAUAACCACCGCCAAUGCUAUAAGAAAGUUCUCAGCCAGAUAAAGUAUGUCAAAAGCCACCUCUACCGGUUUCAUGCCGCGCCCAUCACUUGCCCCUGCUGCGGCGCCGCCUUCCAGGACGAGGAAACGCGAGACCAGCACGCGCGUGCACGGCGCUGUGAGGUAGUUAGCGAGGGGUACAUUCCCAGCCACGAGGGCCUCUCCCAGGGUCGAAUGCGACAGGUCUCAAAGCGCGCGAACCCAAGCCACAGCCCGGAAGAGCAAUGGUUCACUAUCUGGGAUAUUGUAUUCCCUUCGAAGCCGCGGCCGUCGUCGCCGUAUAUCGAUGGAGUGCUGUCGGAGGACCUCUGCAGCUUACGAGAAUUCCAGACCAGUAUUGGGACGGAUAUGAUGCUGGAUUACCUAGCCUCGCGAGAUCCUGACUUCGCAAACGACGAAAGGAGGGCCGCCAUGUACGACCGCGUUGCAUUCAACCAGCUCCAGGAAAGGAUUUACGAGGCAUGGAUGGCGCGUCGCGGUCUCCGACAGAUCCACGAUGCCAACAUCUCCACGACGCCGCCGCGCACAGAGUCCGAUGAAGCAAGUCGUGCCUCCCCAGCCAACGGGGUUUCCUCUUCCAGGCGCGAAGACGAUCCGGCACAACAGCAGCGGAUGCAGACACAGACGCCGCCGCAGCUGCUGCAGCAGCAUCAAAGUUCACAGGAGGAGACGACGGCGAUGAUCCAGCCUACGCCCGUGCCGCCGGAUGUGGCUGUGCAGUUUACGGGCCAGGAUUUUGGGGAGGCUGAUUUCAGUCGCGAUGAUAUGUAUUAUGACACGCAUACGCAGGCGUUGUUUGCUGAUUUGAAUGGCUUGCUGCCUGGUGCUGGCCGGUCGGAAUUUGACCAGGGUGGGUUUGGACCGCCAUAUGUAAGGUAA